GUCACAAAGAGUCAAACCCUAACCUCUAUAAAGGCUAGUCCCCUACGUUUGCCUUACCGCCAAAAGUUACAAAAACCCGAAAGAUUAUGAAAAUAUUCAUGCCCACGUAAAUGGAGGGCUAUCUAACUAGCUUACUUCAAUCCUCUCUGCGUCUAAACCAGUUGAAGCAAGUUCACGCCCUGGUAAUCACUAAGCACCCAUCUCUUACUCCGGUUUUCGUUAAAAAGCUCCUCGACUCGUCUGCCGUACAUUAUGCGCGCAGAUUGUUUGAUAAAAUUCCUCAACCAGAUAUGCAUAUUUAUAACGCUCUUGUUUGUUCCUAUUCCAAACUAUCAAUGAAUAAAGAGGCCUUGGAGACGUUCUGCUCAAUGUACCAGAGCGGUAUUCGAGUGUUUUCUUCCACAGUUCCUCCCGUUAUCAAGUCGUGUUUGUCGUUGCGUGCUAUCAAUGUUGGGAAACAAAUGCAUAGUGUUGCAAUAAGUCGGGGGUGCGAUACAACUGUUUUUGUUCAGACUGCUUUGAUGGACUUUUAUGUCAAAAAUGAUGAUUUAGUCUCCGCGAGGAAAAUUCUUGAUGGGAGUUUGGUUAAGGAUCCAGGUUGUUACAAUUGUUUGAUUUCUGGGUAUUCUAGGUCUGGCGAUACUAAAGCGGCUAGGCGACUCUUUGAUGACAUGCCUGAGAGAACUGUUGUCUCGUGGAAUUCUAUGAUUUCUUGUUAUGCACAAAAUGAGGAUUAUCAUGAGGCUUUGAGGCUUAUCGAGAGAAUGCAGGCUGAAAAUUUUGGUCCGAGUAAGAUCACUCUGGUGAUCUUGCUCUCAAUUUGUGCUAAGCUGGGAGAUCUCGAGAUGGGGCUGGGAAUUAAGAAGAAGUACAUAGACGAUAGUAGUUUGCGAUCGGAUAUGAUAAUUUCAACUGCGAUUUUAGAACUGUAUGUUAAAUGCGGGGCUGUUGAUGGUGCUCGUAGAGAGUUUGAUAGAAUGGAUAGAAGAGAUGUUGUCGCAUGGAGUGCAAUGCUUGCUGGUUAUGCCCAAAAUGGAAGAUCAAUUGAGGCCAUAAAGCUCUUUGAACGCAUGAUGAAUGAAAAAAUUAAACCGGAUAAUGCAGCACUUGUCAGUGCUCUAUCCGCUUGUGCUCAAUCAGGCUUUGUAGAAGUUGGAGAGCGUAUUAGCGCCUAUGUAGAGAGUCACAGCUUCACUUCAGAUGUAAAAGUGGCCUCUGCAUUGUUAGAUAUGCAUUCCAAGUUUGGUAACAUUGAUAAAGCUCGCCAAGUGUUCGAUGAGAUGCGCGUAAAGGACAUUGUUAGUUGGAACUCGAUGAUUUCUGGGUUAGCAGUUAAUGGUUAUGCAGAGGAAGCAAUUCAUCUUUACGAGAAAAUGAAAGAAACGGGGUUGAAACCAGAUAACAUCACAUUUUCAGGGCUAUUGACAGCCUGCACACAUGCAGGCCUUAUUGAACUGGGUCUUAAGUUCUUCGAAAGCAUGAAAUCAGACUACGGGAUUACUCCGGAGAUAGAACACCAUGCUUGUGUUAUAGAUCUUUUCUGCAGAUCAGGAAGACUAAAGGAUGCAUACGAGUAUAUAUCAAGAAUGGAAGUGGAUUCCAAUGUUGUUAUAUGGGGUACCUUGCUGAGUGCUUCUAGAACUCACAUGAAUGUAGAACUUACUGAGAGUUGUCUUAAGAAACUACUUGAGUUAGAGCCUGAGUACUAUGGAAAUUAUGUCUUUCUUUCUAAUCUUUAUGCCAGUAUCGGAAAAUGGGAAGAAGCCUCGGAGGUACGAAAAUUGAUGAAAGAUAGGAAGCUGAAGAAGGAAGUUGCUUAUAGUUGUAUAACAGCAGGGAAUGAGUUGCACAAAUUCUUAGUUGGGGACACUUCCCAUCAUAGGUGGAAUGAAAUCUUUAGCCUUGUUAAUGAGUUGGCCAUACAGCUGACUAGUGCUGGCCAAGAGUAGAACUUGGAUUUGGAAAUCUGUUGAUGAUUAUAGUAAAAAAAAAGAAAAAAAGAAAAAGAGACAAGUGGAUUUCCUGCUUGUGCGUUCAGGUCUUAUAUCAAAGACUGCCACUUGGAAGCCUAUGACUGGUAGACAGUUUUUCAUGUGAGUUAUCUUGAUUUUACCUCUUUUGGU